UUCCAAAGGCAGAAUUCAUGGGUACAUAUGGUGUCCACGUGUGUAUACCUGCAGAGUUGUAACAUGCGGGCAUUUCUCCCCCACCCCGCCAUUCUGGCUUCUUGCACCGUAACAGCUCGACAGAACCUUGGCGUCCACAAAAAGGACUUGAGGUGGGACAUGGAAGAACAGGGGCUCUUCCUGGUUUGUCCACCCGGCCCAGACCUCCACUCCUCACCCAACCUACCACUUCAGAGCCAGAAAAAGACCUCAGAGAACAUCUGCUCCAACUCCACCGAGGCUCAGACAGGACAACGAGAGUGUGCUGGACACCGGGAAAUGUGGUCCAGGAGCAGUCACAGUCCCUACAGACCUCCCACAAAUUACCGUAAUGCAAAGGAAGGCCCAUCUGUGCACCAUGACCUUGGAACUCAACGUGAGAUCCCUGGACCGGCAGCAGCACCUGGAAGCUUGUUGGAAAUGCCGAUCUCAGCCUGGGGUCUGAAAACAGUGAUGCCGACAGACAGACAGAUUUCCAAAAGAAAGGUCCCACUCAGCCAAGGACAAAGGGGCCUCGCAGAGGCUCCUGGGGGUCAGAAAGCUGAGAGUCUACCGGGCAGGUGCCUUCUGCACCCACAGGCACAAGCUACAACAGCUUUCCAAGAAGCGCAUCCACAUCGUCCCCAGGUCCAGAUGCCCACAUCGCCCUGCAGGGACCAAGACCACACUCAGGCUGCUUGGACAGUAUGUAGCGGGUCACUGUUCUGGAGCUGGCCCCCCUGUAGCCUGUGACAAUCAGCUCAAGUCUCUCUGCCAGGUCUCUGCCUUCUGUUCUUCUUGCCCACCUUAAAGCAGAGUUGACGUUUCGGGUUUUUCCAGCAGACAAAGCUCACUCAAUCUGACGUUGUGGACGUUGUUAAUUUAACAACCAACCCAUCCUCAUGUUGAGAAACCAGCUCCAAAUGCUCACCUGGCUGUCAGGGAUGGGGAGCCUCAUGGGUGAAAGAGGGAUGUGAUGGCAUAAUUUAAACCAAAAGAGGCAUUUGCGGUUGCCCGUGUUGCCCCAGGCCUGCUGACCUCCUGCUGUGAACGUUUUGGGCAAUACCAUCUCUGCCAGUGACCCCCAAUUGUCCACUUGUCUCCGGUAAGAUCAAACCAUGUAAGUGCCAUUUCUGACAACUUGGGUGAACGUUGGUUUCAAAUCAUCAGCUCUGCAUUCAAGCUCUACAAUUCUGGCUCACUCUGUGCGAAUAACUGCCUGCCUGGGCACACUGCCGUUGCUGCCUCCCAAAGGGCAGUUUCUGGGAUCCCAGGUCAUCCAGGCUGGAUGUGGCUCGGGAGUGACCUGUGGCACCAGGUUGGGGGCAGGUCUCACCUCUCCUUUCUGAGCUGUGGACUGCAGCUUCAGGACCCUAUGGAUGAGGCUGAAUGUCAUGAAGAUAAUGGAAUUUGGAGUCUGAACAAAGCCAAGCCACAUGCCGGAGAUUCACCGCCUGGGGCCCAGGAUCAGAAGUGUGCCCUUAGGAGGCCAAACAGCCACCUGUCUACCAACUAGACAUUUGGUCCCAGAUAGCAAGAAAAGCUGUGUAUAUGUCGUUAGGGGGAACACCACGGUCUUCGGCAUGAGAGAGGUGUAAUUCUCAAGUUCAUCAGAGCUCGGCUUCCCCCAUGAGAGGAAACAAUUUGCCAGGUUGAAGAACACAUGCCUUGAGGGUUCUCAGAGGCUGAUACCUGUUGCGAAUCUUGGAAACUCAAGCCCCAGUGCAAACGGCCUUGAAGGAGGUCGAGCAUCAUGGUUCCAACAAGUGGCUCGCUUUAAUAAAUAACCCAAUGUGUAAGCAGAAUUGCAAUGCAUCCGUCCUUCCCUAAUCAUCACGUGGCUGUCAUCUGGUCAAUGAACUGAGGCCCGAAGGCUUGAGUCAAACUGGUUUUCAAGGCUGUGCUCAUGGGAUUUAUAUGUUUCUUGAGUCCUGUUGGAGGCUCUUGGCAGGUGUGAACAUUAAACAUUUCUUUUCCUCCUUUUGCACACUGCUCCAACCAAAAGAGUUGGAGCGAACUAGCUCUAUGUCAUUUCUGUGUUGUAAACGGGAAAUUAGCUACCCCAUAACUUCCCAUUGUCUCCUGAGAGGUUACAAAGUGUGUUACAGAUAUUAGCAAGUGUUAAUCCUCACGAUGUCCCUGGGAGGGAACCAGAAGUAUCAUAGAUGACGACAUUGAGGCACAGAGAGGUGAGGCCACUGGGAAGAAGCCACACAGCAUAACAGUGGCAGGUCAAGAAAAGGGCUGGGGUUCUCCCCACCAAUACCGAAUGAUUUUGCUCUGUGGAGUUUGUCUCUCGGUUAGGACAUUGGUGAGCUAUGUCACCUAUGUUUCAGGUGACAGGGACAUCACAAGAAAGUUUGUUGGGUUAACAAUAUUGAGCAUUUCCCUGCCCCAGACCCCAAACUCAUCGCCACACUCCAUACCAUUGUCACUGAUGCAGAUAAUGGGGUUUGGAAUCUCAGUAAAGCCAAACCACAGGCCAGAGAUUCACCAUAUGGGGCCAUCGGUCAUCCCCGAUCCUGUUGUCCCAAUAGCUUUCAUUCUGGUGAUAGGAUAUCUGCAUCUCCUAGAAAUGUGGCUGCUAAGCCCCACUCCUGCAUGGAUCAUUCACCGGCUCCCCACUCAGCGUAGCCACUCCUGGGUGGAUCGGCAAACAGCUCUUCAAUACCUCCGCCCCCAUGUGUCACAGAGCUUUUCAGGUGGAAGGAUUUUGCAUUCUCCCAAGAGAGAUUCAGUGAGCCAAGUCAGGACCCAAGUUCUCAGUCCAGGGUAAGGGUGCUGCAGCCGAGAGCCCCCCAACCCCCGCCCUGUCUGACGUCUUGGCGAGAGGCAGCACUUCUUGCACCCAGCUCUGCCAAUGCACUGGGCGCUGGGGUGUGGGGUUGGGGUCCCCUCUGCUCCCGCCGGAAGGGUGUUUUGGGAAACUGUGGGCCUCUUCCCACCUUGGCAGCUCAGUUUAAGGCUCCAGGGACUGCUUGGCUGCUCCACAGUGACGGUCACUCUGAGGUGGAGCCUGCGUAUCAUGGAUGGAGGCAGGGCCGGACACUGUGACAGGUCCUCUGGGCCAAUCUCCAGCUGAACAGGAAAGUCCAUGGCCCACCCAAGACAGGUGGGCUGGUGUCUUCUCUCUCCUGGGCGCUGUGGAGCUGAAACCGCAGAGUGCGUUGGGAUUUUGCCCAGGAGCAGGGGACAUCCUCAGCCUGCAGCCGCUAUGUACAGUGAGAACGACACCUGGGGCCAUCUGGCUUCUCUUCCUUCCUGGGUCUCUCACGUUGGGUCUGGUGGAGCCACCAGUUCCUUACACGUUGGUGACCUCCAGGCUGCUGUAGCCUUCCAGACGGCACUGUUCCAGCCUGCUUUGGGGGUCAUCGUCUCCACAAUCUUCGUUUUGAAGAGAGCCAUAGUCAUCAUGGAAAUCGGGAUCUUUGCCGCUGAAGCCCCUUCCUAUCUUCCCCAGGGGCAGCUGAGAAGACAAGAAUAUGAUCAAAGGACAGGAAGAAGAGAAACAAGAAUUAAGAACGAAGGUCUGGGAAAUGUCUCCAAUUCUAAUUGCUCUGUGAUUGAGUAACUUACUUAACCACUGUGUGCUCUUCCUAUUAGUAAUAAUACUCCCUGCUCAGGGAGGCUGAGGGGAGUUUGUGAAUGACCAUUAGGGGAGAGCUUUGUGUCCCCCCCCCGCCCCCGGAAGGAUUCAGUUGGUUACCAAGGGUGAGGACAAAUAUUGUCGGUCUGAUUAUUCCUGAUUCACAAAAGCCUCCUUCUUCCCUCCUUGAUGGGUGGAGAGUUGAGGAAGUGUGUCCUGGAGACUACCUGUGAGAAUGUCUGAGGAGGCCUGUGAGGUGACUGCACUCCCAAGUCAAGGAGGAACAUUCUGGAAGGCCUGGUGUGGCAGAAAGAAUGCGAGUUUUGGGGACUCACAGACCGGGGUUCAGAUCCCUGCUCUGCCACUUUCCAGCUGUGUGACCUUGGACAAGUCACUUCCCCUCUCUGAGCCCAUUUUCUCAGCUACAAAAUGGGAAUAGUUUUUUUUUUUUUCUGAGACGGAGUCUC